GUUACGCGUUCUCCCUGCGUGGAGGGCCGGCCCGCGGCGCGCCCGCGGCUUUCUAGCCGCGCACCUGUUUGCGCCAGGCUGGUUGCCUGUCAAGGAAGGUGUGGCUGCGCACUACCUCGCCCCGCCAAUCCGCGUGCCCCAGGCUCGCGCAGGUCUUGCGUCGGAUCGAAAAAACGCAGAAGAACUUGCUGCAGUACAAGAAAGACAGGAAUUGGAAGCGCGCGCCGGAUAUUCGCGCAAACUUCUAGCACGCGGUGGACUUGAUCGGCCACAUGAUGUCGUUGCUUGGGCGCGCCGACCCGGUUGUAGCCCUGGCUUCUGGCGCCGAACCUUCUUGCGCCGGGCUGCUUGCCGGGGUUUGGUUGCGCAAGCCCCAGCCCCGCUAGUUUGUGGCGCAGCAAGCUGGGCCGCGCGCGUAUUUUCCCCCAUUCGCACUCCAGCGAGCGCGCCCGCCGGGUUGUGGUGCGCAGGCGGGCGCUGUCACGCAAGCAGCAAUUGCAUGGUUUGGCUGUGCCCAGACCGCCCGCCCGCGAUGCCUGGGCAGGAGUGGUCUUCAUUGUCUGCUUCUUUUUAUCGUGGUAUAUUCAAAUAC